GUGUGGUCGCACGUGGGUCGCACGAGCUCACGGUGUGUCCGUCGCGGUCUCCGUCGGCGGUUGUAACUCGCGAAAUAAAAUCGAUCUGUAUACCCGGCGCGCGAAUUCACCGAGAAAACCGGAAGGGAAGAUGUGAUAAACGCCGAGGCGUUACAUAUACGCGUCUUCUGAAUGUUUUGUUCCCCCCCCGCCCGCUUACGACGCAGGCGUUGAUUAUAAUUUAGCGUUGAAGAAGGUGAAAGUGUCCGCGUGAGUAAAAAUCCACCGCCGAAAUCAUGGCAAACCCGUCUCUCGACAAGGACAUGUUUUUCCGGCGCAUAAAGCGCCUGUACGCCGCGUGGAAGGACGGCGAGGUCGGCACCGACGACAGUUUCAGUAAAAUGGAUUGUCUCCUUUCCGCCGUCGGCACUGACUUUGACGAGGACGAGGAUAGGGUUUACAGCAAGUCCACAGCGUUACAGACAUGGCUGUUUGGUUACGAACUUCUGGAUACUAUAAUGUUAGUGGCAGAGGAUUCCAUCAACUUCUUGGCCAGUAAGAAUAAAAUUGAAUUUCUGAAAAAGGUGGAAAAUCAGAAUUUUGAAGAUACAGGAGUACCAUCUGUAAAAUUAUUUGUGAGAGAUCGGACUGAUGAGGACAAGGCAAAUUUUGGAAAACUCAUCAAAGUGAUGAAGCAAAGUAAAAAAGGCAAAACUUUGGGAGUGUUUUCGAAAGAAAAUUACCCAGGUGCUUUCAUGGAUGCAUGGAGAGCUGCUUUAAAGAACGAAUCUUUUGAUACGGUUGACGUAAGUGCUGCAGCUGCUUAUGUCAUGUGUCCAAAAGAAGACAGUGAGAUAAUUACCAUAAAGAAAGCUUGUCUGAUAUCUGUGGACGUUUUCACCAAGUAUCUUAAAGAUCAGAUAAUGGAGAUCAUAGACUCGGAUAAGAAAGUUAUACACUCAAAACUGGCAGAAAGUGUAGAUGGAGCUAUCAUAAAUGAUAUUAUGCGGGUAGAAAUAUGUUACCCUACAAUUAUACAAAGCGGUGGAAAUUAUUCGCUUAAAUUUAGCGCUGUUAGUGACAAAAAUACUACUCUUCACUUUGGUGUUAUUGUUUGUUCAUUGGGAGCACGUUACAAAUGCUACUGUUCUAACAUUGUGAGAACUCUGUUGGUUAACCCCACAAAAGCAAUUGAGGAAAAUUAUAAUUUUUUGUUACAAUUGGAAGAAGAAAUCUUGAAAAAGUUAGUUGCGGGAACAAAAAUAAGUACGGUAUACGAAGCUGGUAUUAAAUUUGUCGAAGAUAAGAAACCAGAAAUGCUGAAUCAUUUGACGAAGAAUUUCGGAUUUGCUAUGGGCAUUGAAUUUAAGGAAAGUUCUUUGCUAUUGGACCCGAAAAUUCAUGCGGUAGCUAAGAAGGGCAUGGUAUUUAAUGUUAAUGUUGGUCUUGAAAAUCUUGCUAAUCUAGACGCAACGGAUAAGGAAGGAAAAUCAUACGCCCUUUUCAUAGGCGAUACAGUUAUAGUGAACGAGGGACAACCCGCUACUAAUUUAACGCCAUCAAAGAAGAAUGUGAGAAAUAUAGCCACAUAUGUGAAAGAUGAGGAAGAUGAAGAAGAGGAGGAAAGCGGAAAAGAAAAUGAUCUUGUUAAGCAAGAUACCUUAAUAUUAUCACAGAAUAAAGGCAAUCCAAAGUUAAAAAACUUAUAUAUUUGGCCGAAUAUUGUUAUAAGAAAAAUGACGGGUGGUUUAGAAGCGCACACGAACGGAUUCCGCUAUACUUCAGUUUGCGGCGAUAAAGUGGACAUUCUUUAUAAUAACAUUAAGAAUGCUUUCUUCCAGCCAUGCGAUGGUGAAGUGAUUAUACUACUUCAUUUCCAUUUAAAGCAUGCUAUUAUGUUUGGUAAAAAGAAACAUGUAGAUGUGCAAUUCUAUCAACAUAUGCAUGAUCGCGACGAUCUCGCAGCUGAACAGUCGGAACGAGAACUGAGACAUAAAUUAAACACCGCUUUUAGAAGCUUUUGUGAAAAAGUUGAAAGCGUGACAAAGCAAGAGAUAGAAUUUGAUACACCGUUUCGAGACUUGGGAUUUUUUGGUGCACCAUACAGGAGUACUGUCUUACUUCAACCAACUAGUGGAUGUUUGGUUAAUCUCACAGAACGGCCUCCAUUUGUCAUUACCUUGGAAGAUGUUGAAUUGGUUCAUUUUGAAAGAGUACAAUUUCACUUAAAAAACUUUGACUUGAUUUUCGUUUUCAAAGAUUAUCAUAGAAAGGUAGCGAAGGUAAACGCCAUUCCUAUGAACAUGUUGGAUCAUGUCAAGGAAUGGUUAAAGUCGUGUGACAUUCUAUAUUCGGAAGGUGUCCAUUUGAAUUGGACAAAGAUCAUGAAGACUAUAACAGAUGAUCCUGAAGGAUUCUUUGAUAGCGGAGGAUGGUCAUUCUUAAAUCCAGAAAGUGAUGCUGAAAAUGAUGAUAGUGAAGAAGAAGAGUUAGACAGGAUAUAA